UGGACUUACUACAGAGACGGGCUUAUCCCCCAAAACAAGAAGAAGGAGGACAACGAGGCUGUAACGCUUCCAGCUAUAAACUGUGGCCCAACUUCACUCUGUCAGAGGGCAAACAGGAUGGGGAGAGACACAAAUCACCUCAGACUGCAGCAAACAGGCAAGACCAAAACUAGUCAUCAGGACAGAAUAACUGACAGGCUGCACCAAGGACAUUUUUUCAAGUUAAAGGCUACAGAUGCUUUUCUGGAUCUGCCUGAAUAUGGGAAAACAAGUGAGAGCUCAUCCAAGUUACUACGCAAGAAGGCACUCGGAGAGGAUGAGGAUGAAGAGGGAAGAGAGAGACGUGACAGAGAGACGGACAGUGGUACUCGCCUGUCUGCGAGGUCGGACAAAGAAGAUGUGGAUGAAAGAAGUGACAACAACCUCCCAGUGACAAACAUCUUGUGUGGUACGAAGACUGAAGAGGUUCACGGGAAGCAGGAGCCUCCAUCGCAUGUUGAAGAGAGGAGAUUCAUGGUCUACAUAUGUGGCGGAUACAAAGACACAGUUGCAGAGAGAAGUGCACUCAUGGAGAACGUUUAUCCCAGAUUGUAUCUGUACUGCAAGCAGAGAGGCUAUGACUUCAGGAUGGUUGACCUCCGCUGGGGGGUUGGAACACCUCUUGCUGAACAACAUGACACUGUCAAGCUACAUGUGGAGAAUCUCCAGCGAUGCCAGAAGACACAGGGUCCAAAUUUGAUUCUUUUCGUCGGACAGAAGUAUGAUGUCCGGACCCUUCCCACUACCAUCAGCAGGGAGGCAUUUGAGGCCAUAAUUAGAGUGAUGGAGAGAGGCCAACAGGAGAUGUCCAGGAGCAAACCAGUGGAGGACAUUCCUGCCUCGGGGUCCCAGUCCAGCAUUACUACAGACAGCAGCUCUGGCAGUUUUGUCAAGGAUUCUAUUUAUGGACAUUUUCUACUUUUUGGAGAACAGGCUACAGACUCUGGACUGCUGAGUCAGAGCUCCCACGAUUCAUUUUCAGAAGGAGAGGAGACCACACUCAGCUCCGUGGGUGCAAAGAGCCGUAGGGAUUUGGUCAAGGACCUAACAUUACUCCAGAUGUGCUAUAAGCUGGACCAGAACUGUCUUCCUCCUGUCUACUGCUUACUUCCAAUCAGCUUUCAACAUCCUGACAUAUUGAGUGUGGACAGGAAGCGCAGGGAACAGGCCAGGAAGGACUGGAGCACUACCUGCCAGAGGGUGUGGGGAAUUCUACAACGCAACGCGUCUGAGGCACUUGGGCAAGCGGAGGCAUCACUGUUACUUCGAACAAUUCUCGACUGGGAAGUAGAGACAGGUCUGCAGUCGGUAGAUGGGGCUCCACCAGAGGAGCACUGCCACUGCUACAAGAGACUCAUCCCGGAUCUUUUCUACAACCUGAAGAAUGAACAUGCAACAAAUUACACCGACCUCCUGAAGGGGCAAGCCCAGCUCGAUCCAGUACUCAACGCAGCACACCAGGAAUUCAUGGACCGGCUUCACAGAAAGCUGCGCCACACCAACAUCUAUGAGCGGAAUGUGGGGUGGGGACGGAAAGGCCUGAACCCUAAACACAAUCGCUCUCACCAGUUCUACAUCGAGCGAAUCUCCUCCCACUUUCAACGGACAGUAAUCAACUCCCUCAACAAAGUAGUGAAGGUCACCAAAACUCAAAGCCCUUUCGAUGCUCUGAGGAGAAAAGCCGUCAGAGUGCGUGUGCAGGAGGAGAUACAGUGUCAUGUCAACUAUGGACUCCAUCUGUGGAAGGGCUGUACUUUGAGGCAGAGCUUCUUAGCUGAUGUAAAGGAGACAGUGGUCCAGUCAAGAACCAGUCCCAUCCUCCUGUUGGGGCCUCCAGGCUGGGGAAAGAGCACCACCAUGGCUGCAUUAGCACAGCUAGCACCCUCCUGGCUACCAGGAUCUGUGAAGAUAUUGGUGCACUUCAUUGGCUUCACUGGAGAGAGCAGGAAUAUUCGUCUGGUCCUGCAGAGUCUUUGUGUCCAGCUGGCUGAAGCCUACUGUCCCCGCAUGCAACUGUCAGAGGACCUCUCUCAGCUGAUCAAUGAGUUCCACUCCCUGCUGGGCCUGGUGGGAGCAGAGCAGCCCCUGGUGGUCCUGCUGGACGGGUUAGAUGAGCUGUCUGAGGAACAUGGUGCAGACCUGUCCUGGGUCUCAAUCCCACUUCCUCCAAAUGUCCGCCUCAUCCUAUCUGCAACCUCUGACUCCCCCUGCACUCACACCCUGCAGUCUGCCCAUCCCACAGUCCUGUCCCUCCCUCCCCUCAGUCCUGACGACAUCACAGCUGCAUUAGUGUCCAAGCUGUGGACGGACAAACGGUGUCUGCAGGAGCAGCAGUGGCAGCUGCUGGUCCAGGCUUGCCUGUCCUGUCCCUGCCCUCUGUAUCUGGAAGCAGCUUAUUCUGAGAGCAUGCUCUGGACCUCCUACUCCCCCCAGGCCAGCCUCAGCCUUCCAGCUAGCCUGGAGGGCUUCUACCUCAGCAUGCUUGCUCGGCUGGAGAGAGAGCUGGGGAGGGAGCUGCUGAGACGAGCUUCUUCUCUGAUUUCCCUCUCCCGUUGGGGUGUCACUGAACAGGAGUUACUGGACCUAUUGGCCAAAGAUGGGAAGGUGCUCCAGGAAGUGACCAGCUGUCACUCCUCCUCCAGCCACCCCAGGGUGCCUUAUGUCCUGUGGGCUAGACUGAAACAUGGCCUCGGUUGUCAUCUAACUGAGGUUAGGACAGAUGGGACGUGGGUGUGCCGCUGGACGCAUUUUGAGCUGAGUCGUGUGUGCAUAAAGCGUUACUUAAAAACAGAUGAGUCCCGCAUGGCUGUGCACUCUGAUUAUGCUGACUACUUCAGAGACAAGUCGCAAGACGCACACAUAUUUCAGCCUCUCGCUUGGACACUGGAUGAGGAAGAGGAUGGUGAAGGGGUGACUAAAAGUUACAGAUUCAAUCUGAGAAAGCUUCAUGGGUUGCCCUACCACCUGGUCCACUCAGGCCAAAUCCUGCCCUUUCUCUCUGAAUGCAUUUUCAACUAUGAGUUCCUGCUACAUAAGGCCUGGGGUCUGUCUGUCCUGGACAUCGAGGAGGACCUGAACAAAGCUGUGCUGCCAGACAAGGUGCUGGUGGAUGUUGAGGUGCUGUCCUCUGCUCUGGAAAUGUCCAGAGCGGUUCUACUGAAGGACCCCUGUCAGCUCGCCUCCCAACUCAUGGGUCGACUGGGACAAAUGGUUAUUGAGGACCGUCCUGUUGCUAAAGGAGACCCGCUGAAGUUCAGUGACCUCCAUGAUUUACUGGCUCAGUGUAUGCAGUCCUCCCUGCCUGUGUUGUUGCCCUCCUCCACCUUUCUGUUUCCCCCAGGAGGCCUCCAACCCAUCCUGCUGGCAGGUCACAUGACCAACGUGGCCGCCCUGGGAGGGGGGCAGAGAGGACCCUUGGCUGUCACCAGUGAAUCGGAUGGAAGCCUGAGGUUUUGGGAUUUGGUGCAGAGGCGGAUCAUCAGGAGCCUGGACCCAGUGGGGGGAGUUGUGGGCGAUUCUCUCUUGCUGGGUCUGGAUGAUAGGAUGCUUAUAGUCUGCAUGGGGCAAAGUCUACAGGUGAGAGAGGUUGAGUCUGGGCGAGUUGUGUAUUCAGAGAGUGAUUCUGUGGAUGUUCCCAUAGUCACCACAACAUGUGAAGGACAGCUGCUGGUGGUCUGCUAUGAUGGUGGUGAUCUAGUCAAGGUUUUGGACCUGGCCUCCUCCUGCUCUCUGUUGCACUGCGUUAACCUUUCCAUGGAGCGGCAGGCGCUCCACAAAGACCGUGCCAUUCUGCUCUCCAGCAGCUCCAUCAGAGACUACGUCCUCUUUGCCUACAGGUCUGGUGGCGAGGCAGCAGUAUUCAGUGCCAGAGGAGGUUUGGUGCUGUCUAUCCUGUCUGCUCAACAUGAUUCUGCCUCUAUACAAGCUGUGGAGAUGACUGAAGACUACCUGCUGCUCUUUUGCAGAUACCCAUACAAGAGAGGCAGUGACAUCAUCCAUAUCGAGGUCUUCAGCACCGUCUCCUUCCUCUACCUGCGGUCUAUACUGGGCUGCAGCCAGGACUGCAUUUCCCAGGUCUCUGUCAACCGAGCAGGGACACAUGCUGUUGCCUUCUGCCCCUCCCCUCGUACCGGCAUCACUGAACUGGUCACCUGGAACCUGGAGACAGAGGACCACAAACAUAUCACCCGUUUCCCUGCAGUAGUGACAAGAGGCCUGUGUUUGGAUCUGCGCUUCUGCCUGGGGAUCUGCACCAGAGAGAAGUAUCUUCACCUGUGGGAUCUGACCUCCAGGAUCAGUGACCAGACCCUGACCUAUAACACCCAUAAGAUGAGGAGUGACGGCACAGAAGAGGUCAUCCCAAUGGGGAAAACCCCGAGGUAUGCUUUGUGCCGCUCCAUCAGAGCUGGGACAGUGUCCGUGUGGAACCUGACCAGACGGCGUUUCACCUGCCGACCUGUCAGAGUGGAGCACGGCCUCUACAGCAGCACUGAUGUCAUGCUCGCCCAUGACUUCAAACUUUACAUCUUCACAGACAGAAGCAGAAACAGCAGCAUGGACCCAUCAUAUCGAUUCCAGACUCUUCUGGUUUAUGACUUGAUUAAGCAAAGUUAUGUAAGGAGACAGACCGGGCUCGCAGUCAUUCCCUGUCCUCAGCACGAGUACCGUCUUCUGGAGGACGGACGGACUCUUCUGGGCCUAUCAGAGACCAGAGAUCAUCUUAUCCUGUGGGAUCUGGACUCUGGCUAUGUCAAACAUGAGAUCAAACCAUCCCACAGAGGGUCGCUUGUGUGCAGCAGCUCAGUCCAAGAGCUGCAGCCUGAUGUGACACCACGCAGAGACACAUUGAUGCCGUGGGACAUCCGCACAGAGAGCCAGUCUGCAAAGAAAAGGAGGUUGGAAAGAGAGGCACAGAGGGAGAGAGAGGCGACGAGGAGGCUGGACAGAGAAAAAUACAACUGUAUAGAGCAGUACCUCCUCAGUGGAGAUGAGCAGGUGGCGGUGUGCUCCUAUUUUGCUCAUCACCUUAAUGUCUUCAGCAUGGUUUCACAAGAACACCUCCACACACUGGAGGAUAAAACAUCACUGCUGAGCCUCCACACGGCAGCUAUUACCUACACCGGCAGCCACCUGGUGCUGACCAACUUUAAGCAAGAGCAGAGGACUCCCUGCAUCACCCUGUGGGACCUGCACAAAGGAACGGUGAGUAAAAGACUGAGGAAGGAGGCUGGAGUUUGCUGCAUAGCUAUCACAGACAACGCAGACAGAGUCGUCUUUGGGGUCACAGGAAGCAACAGGCUGACAGUAUGGGAUCCUUUCAAGAGAAACUACAGGAGCAUCUGCGGCUAUGGGAACCUGAGAAUAGAAGUCUCCAGUAAGCUGUACACGACAGAAGGAGGAACCAAAGCCGUCCUGCUGUCAGGACAGUUGAGCCUGUGGGACCUGGAGGCACGUAGCAUCCUGUCUGUGCUCUCCCUGGAUGCACAUAUUGGCUGUAUGAGGCUGCUCCGUGGACGCGAUAUCUGUGUCCUGCUUGGCCUUAGCCACGGCCCCGCCCUCAUCAGCGUCAGGCCCACAUCCAGGACCGUCAGUUCAGCAACUCAAGCCUCCAGAGAUGGAGACCUGUUUGGAGAGUCCAGCAGCAGUGAAGAAGAGGAGGACUCUUAGGGAAAACUCUGCAAUCAGUAUUCUCCUGGCCAUGUGAUGGACAGACAUCAGAGAAUGUGGAGUCUGCUACAUGACAGACCGGAAGCAAAUUUAUUCUUCAUCGUAUCACAAGGACAGACAAGAAAGAUGCUCAGAUUUAUUGAAGUAAAAAUAUAUUCAAUGUCGUGCUGAUAUGGUGUCAUAGUCUACAGUAUGUACUUUUAUCUGUAUUACACGCCCCCAGUCAUUUUGCAGGGCAUGUUGUCUGUAAUUAUUUGUUAUUUAUGUUCUUAAGAUACAUUAAGUAGCAAUCCAAGGUAUUGGCCUCAUCAGUUGAUUGGAGUUUGCUCGCCCUGCAACCUCGGAUGACUGGGGGAAUCACUGUGGUCGGUGCAGCUUAGCUGCCUCCUAGUUAACAUGACUGGACACCAGACGAGGACUGAACACAGCCUCUGAGACUGAUGGUCAGUUUGAAGACGGAUACAGUAUGGAGGUGAUUUACAGCGGCUCUGACCAAGACUAUGACUCCAGGGAAUGAGAAGUGACUGCAGGUGUGGACAGGAGAAGUGUGAAGGGGCAGGAGAAAGGAGAGAGAGUCGGUAGUGAGUGAAACCAUCGCACACUGAAUUGAGGAUUUAUUUCAACCAAACCAGAGGUGAUUGUGGAAACACAAAUGAGGUCUUUUUAAUUAAGUAAAGAGACAAACUUGAAUUCAGGCAGUGUACGGUUGUAUUUUUCAGUUUAGUAAGGAAAAUAGGUGUCAACAUAUCUGCCUUUCUUGACAUUUUGUGUUAGUUCCUUUUUAGAGUAGUGAACUAGCUGCUGCGUACAUCUCCCAGCUGAAACUACAGGGGCUGUCAGACUAUCCCCUCUAUCCACAUCUCUGCAACACAGUACACCUUGCUGCAUAUUUCAUGCUGAAGGAGAAAAGAAAACUGAAAGGUACUCAAUGACUAUACUUUGUUUUAAUGAAUAUAAAAAGAAAUGUACACAAUAGUGAUAGUGAACCAUUGAAAACAUCAAGUCUACAAACAUGACGUCCUUUUCCAGUGUCCCAUCAACAAUCAUCUCCUCAAUUAAAUAUCUUGUAAACAUAUUACAUGUGUGGGUUAUUCUCUACACCCCAUUAUUUUAUAGACACUGAUUUUGAAUAAUUGAGUACAAUUAAGAAAGUUCAAAUGAAGAAUAAAAACUGUUUGGCCAAAACUUAAGAAAACAAUGACCAUCAUUUUUUAUUGGGACCAUAUCCAGAAUGAGUAGGGACAGUAAACCAAAAGAUGCUUCCAUUUUUCUUCAAAGUCCAAAUUUAAAAAAAAUAAAAUAAAAAAUAAAAAAAAAAA